GUUUCACUCAACUUUCCCGAUUGCUUGUUUGAUUUUCCAAAGAACGUUGUUUUCUCCAGUUCCGUUACUUCUAUUAAGUUUCAUAAAAGAAGAAUUUACGUCAAUUGAGGUUAGAAUAUAAGUGCCGGUGAAUAAGCUUGCUCCACUACUUCCCAUCAACCCUCAAAAGGCCACAAUGGCGUGGCUCUCGAUCCUGCCGGCCCAUCUCAACACAGUCGAGGGAUGGCUAGUCCGUUUAUUUAUACUAUUCGCAUUGUUAACCAUCGGACCAUGGGCGAUCCUCCUUGUUUACGAUGUUCUUCUCUACAUCUGGCGAUCUGCAGCCUACGAGGUACCGGUCGUUGGAGGCCGAGCGCAUGGAAGAAGGCGGCCAAGAGCACCUAGCUUGACGGAACGGCCAAGUGGACGGCCUCGCCGCUUCAGCCUGAGCCAGACUAUUUCUUCAACGGCUGAGUCGUCAGAGAACACUGAUAACUUGAGGAAGAGACCGAAUCCACAAACGAGCGACCAAUCCAAUAAUAGCGUUCAUUAGCGGCGAGCGACAAGAGGACAGAGCAUUCUUAUAAGUUUAUUUAAAGCUGCAUCGGCGUUCAAAAGAGACGCGUUGGGACAUUUUAGGGUUGGCAUCAUGCAUUGUAUUCAGAGUCAUAGACAUUUGCUCGCUGCUUCACCACUGCUAGAAAUCAAUAACUACAAUCACGAAAAAUAACGAGGGAAAUUGUGUUAUAUUAAUUUUCUGCCACUCUCAUAGCUACGUCUGAUGAUAUUAGGGAAGUGCGUAUUUUAUCUGACCAAGAAAGGAGAACCGGCCCUUGAAAGGAAUGAGUAUCUAGAAGACAGCGCAAAGAAAAUGCGGCCAAUCCCAUUGGUAGCAGACAUGAAACAAUUCCCGACGGCUGAGAAAAGUAGGAUGAAGUUAAAAUAGAAUGAAAGCACUCUGACAU